ACGCCUCCCAAAAAAAAUAAUAAUAAUAAAUAAACUAAUUGCCCACCAUAUGUUUAUUUCUCUUUCCUCUCCAUUUUCUUUUUAAAAAUAAUUUUUGUUUUCCUUUCUUUCUUGUCAUUAUUGAACAUAUCACUUUUUCCUUUAUAUUUUUGGAAUGAAUCGUACACCACCGUUUUGUUUCUAUAAAAAAGGCUUAAGGUUCUUCCUAGUUCUCUAAGUAAUAAUAUUAUUAUUCUCAUAUCUAAAGCAAGUUUAAUCUCUUUCUGCUCCUUCAGGUGCACAAAGUGCAAUUUGCAAGAAAGAAACAAAAGAACUCAAAAAAACUCUUUCAUCUCAUCCUCUUCUAUCAAAAUCUUCAAAGCUAACGACAUGAAGGGGCUUGUCGUUCAGGUCCUCACGGGGCGAUGGCUGAUGGUAUUCGCAUCAUUUCUCCUCAUGGUCACAGCCGGAGCAAGCUAUAUGUUCGGAAUCUACUCAAACGACAUCAAGUUCGUCCUCGGAUACGACCAAACGACACUCAACCUCAUAAGCUUUUCCAAAGACUUAGGAGCCAACAUCGGCAUACUUUCCGGCCUGAUAAACGAGGUCACACCACCGUGGGUCGUCUUGUCGGUGGGAGCGGUCCUGAAUUUCUUCGGACACUUCAUGAUCUGGCUGGCCGUGGCGGAGAAGAUCAAGAAGCCUCAGGUAUGGCAGAUGUGCCUGUACCUCGGAAUCGGAGCCAAUUCCCACACAUUCACCAACACCGGAGCUCUCGUCACCUGCGUCAAGAAUUUCCCCGAGAGCCGAGGCGUCGUUUUGGGACUUGUGAAGGGCUACACGGGUCUCAGUGCUGCGGUGAUCACUCAGCUGUACCGCGCUUUCUAUGGUGAAGAAACCAAGUCUUUCCUUCUCUUCGUCUCCUGGCUUCCUACUGCUCUUUCCUUCGCUUUCAUACGAACGAUUCGUGUCAUAAAAACCAAUAACCGUUCCGGAAAAGAUGUGAAGGUUUUCUUCAAGUUCCUUUACAUCUCGCUCGUACUUGCCGGAUUUUUGUUGGUGAUCAUCAUUGUUGAGAAGAAGUUCACCUUCUCGCAGAGCCAGUACGCCGGAAGCGCUGCCGCGGUGCUCUUCUUGCUCUUCCUUCCGCUGAUCGUAGUGGUCGCGGAAGAAUAUAAAGUCUGGAAAACGAAUAGUUCGUUGGCCUAUCAAACUUCUUCCUCUCCUGCGAAAAUAGUAACCAAAAUCCAAAACCCUCCUAUCCAAAACAAAGUAGAAGAGGAAGAUGGGGUUUCUUGUUGGAAAACCGCGUUUAAUCCGCCGGAGAUAGGAGAGGACUUCACGAUUUUGCAAGCGCUUUUCAGCGGCGAGAUGAUAACUUUAUUAUCUGCCACUGUAUGUGGGUUAGGAGGAACAAUGACAAUGAUGGACAACUUGGGUCAAAUUGGUACAUCAUUGGGAUACUCAUUGAAUAGGAUAAGCACUUUUGUUUCCCUAGCAAGCAUUUGGAACUAUUGUGGGCAAAUAACCAUUGGGAUAGGCUCGGAAAUGUUCAUCACCAAGUACAAAUUGCCACGUCCGCUAUUCUUAACUCUAAUCCUUUUGUUAUCCUGUGUUGGUCACCUUCUCGUGGCUUUCAAUGUCCCAAAUGGUCUCUACGUGGCUUCGGUAGUAAUUGGUUUCUGUUUUGGUGCGUUUUGGCCGUUGAUUUUCACCUUGAUUUCAGAGCUAUUUGGGCUGAAAUAUUACUCGACUUUGUACAACUUUGGUGGGGUCGCUAGCCCAAUUGGGUUGUAUUUGCUGAAUGUUAGGGUGGCUGGGCACUUCUAUGAUAAAGAAGCUAAAAGGCAAAUGGCAGCUUUGGGUUUGAAAAGAAAACCGGGACAGGCAUUGAAUUGUAUUGGUGGGGACUGCUUUAAGUUGUCGUUUAUAAUUAUUACGGGGGUAACCUUUUUCGGUGCGCUUGUUUCGGUGGUUUUGGUUUGCAGGACCAGGAAAUUUUAUAAGGGAGAUAUUUAUAAAAGAUUUAGAAGGACGAUGACUACUACCACUGAGAGUGUUGAAAAGGAAUUGUGUGAGUCUAAUGGAUGUGGACCAAUACCAGCACUAGAGAAAAAUGGGUCUGAAAAGGAAUUUAAGAGGAAAGAAGUUGAUCAUGUUUAGUUAUUUUUUCUAUAUAUAUAUAUAUAUAUAUAUAUAUAUUUUUUAGCUAGAUAUGAAAUAUAGCUUAGUUUUAUGUAUAUUUAAAACACAUCAAAAUGUGUAAUGUAUCCUUUUUGGAGAUAGUAAGUGGCAAAUUAUAAAGUUUCUCCCUCAAGGCUAAAAAAGAAAUGAAAAUGUGAUCUGAAAAAUAUGCUUUUCAUUAUAAAUAAAAAUUCAAGUGAGUUUUUUAUUUAUCAAUUAAGAAAUGAAUAA